AUAAUCGCCAACCAGAGAUGAUAUGAUGACGUCAUAUUAGAACUCUGAUAUAGAAUAAACCAUCAUCAUCUUUACUCUCUCUCACUCACAUACACGUAGAUAGAGAGUUGCGGGCGCCUGAAGUGCAGAGUUCUGUUUGCUGUGUGUACUCUACUUCUGGAAAACACUACUGCAGAAGAAGAAGUAGGAGGAGAAGUGUAGUCUAUAACCCAUUUGUACUUUGAAUCUCAAUCUACCUCAGACAGGCAGAAAGAUAUGCUUUUUUAACUUCAAUCCGCCGCGAGAUUUGGCCGGAGAAUAUGGCAUAUAUGUGCGCCGACAGCGGAAAUCUGAUGGCCAUAGCCGAACAAGUCAUCAAACAGAAGCAACAACAAGAGAAACAGCACCAACAGCAGCAUCAGCAGCAACAACAACAAGAAGAACAACAAGAUCAACAGCAACACCUCUUCUGUCUCGCUCCAUGGACCUCCGCUCAGUCUCAGCAGGCUCUCUCCACGAGUCCUACCCUCUCCUAUGGCCUACCCAGUUCCGGAUUUCCCGAUCCCUUUCAUGUUUCAGGCCCUCCAGAGCCGCCGGAUUCUGGGUUUCAGUUCCCUAAUCUUGACCAUCAUUCGCAGGGAUUCAGGUUCGCCGAUUUCGGCGGCGGGGCGGCUGGGGAGUUUGACUCCGACGAGUGGAUGGAGAGUUUGAUUGGCGGUGGAGAUUCGUCUCACGCCCCGAAUCUACCUUCUUCUAGCUGCGACGCUUGGCAGGGGAACCCUGAUUUCUCCUCUAUCUACAACGCUGAUCCUUUCUCAUCCUGUCCGAGUCGACUCGGCGGCGUUAAUCCGGCUUCUUCUUCCUGUUCCGAUCCCAAUCGCGUGGCGUUACCAAACAACACUAAGUGGGUUCAAUCUUCGUCUUCUCAGUUGCCACCGGAAUCAUCCUCCAAGGAUCGGAAACAGCCCAAGACCACCGCUUCACCGGAGAUAAAUCUUUCAAACUCAGUGUUGAAAACCCUUCUAGAAUGCGCCCGUCUCGUAGAUUCAGACCCAGAUAAGGCUGCAAAAUCAUUGAUUCGACUUAGAGAGACAGUUAACGAACAAGGAGAUCCGAUAGAAAGGGUGGCCUUUUAUUUCACUGAAGCUCUGUACACAAGAAUUUCUAACCAAUCAAGCAAAGAAACUGCAAUCCCCGGAAUCAGUGCUGCAGAGGAGUUUUCUGUAUCAUACAAAGCCUUAAACGACGCUUGCCCAUAUUCCAAAUUCGCCCAUUUGACAGCAAACCAAGCUAUCCUUGAAGCAACUGAGAAAGCUUCGAAAAUUAACAUAGUUGAUUUCGGAAUUGUCCAAGGGGUUCAAUGGGCAGCUCUUCUACAAGCUAUGGCUACAAGACCAGUCGGAAAACCCGAAUUGAUUCGAAUUUUCGGCAUCCCAGCUCCUGGUCUAGGGAUAUCUCCCAGUGCAGCACUUUACGCUACAGGGAACAGACUAGCUGAAUUUGCAAAGCUGUUAGAUUUGAAGUUUGAGUUCGUCCCUGUUCUAACCCCGAUUCAAGAUUUGGAUAGGUCGAGUUUUAGAAUUGAUCAAGACGAAAAGGAAGAAGUAACCACAGUUAACUUCAUGCUCCAGUUAUACAAUCUACUCGACGAAACUGACAGAGCUGUGGAAACAGCUCUCCAGUUAGCAAAGUCAUUGAAUCCCUGCAUUGUAACGGUUGGGGAGUAUGAAGCGAGUUUGAACGAUGACGAUUUUGUGGGUAGGUUCAGGAAAUCGUUGAUUUACUACUCUGCUGUGUUCGAAUCCUUGGAGCCGAAUCUGGGGAGGGAAUCAUCGGAGAGAUUUCAAAUCGAGAAACUGCUGUUGGGUCGGAGAAUUGCGGGUGUGAUCGGGGAAGAAGGAAGUGGGAGGGAAAGGAUGGAGGGAAAAGAGAGGUGGGGAGGUCUAAUGGAGGAAGCAGGAUUUGAGUGUGUUGGAUUGAGUAAUUACGCGAGAAGUCAAGCGGAUAUACUGUUGUGGAGCUAUAAUUACAGUUCUUUAUUCUCUCUGGUUCAUUCGGAUCCGGGUUUUCUGUCAGUAGCUUGGAGAAAUGUCCCUGUUCUUACUGUUUCUUCAUGGAGAUGAAGAAGAUGAAGUUCCAUAUAGCAUUCUCAGAUAUACUUCUUCCCUUGAAUUAAAUUGUUAUUUUUUUUUUUUUGUAGCUUUUAAGAAGAUUUCAUGUGUCAUAUACAUUCUUAUAUAGAAGUAGUCAUUUGGGCUCUUAGCAUAAAAUAAAUAUAAAUGCUAGUCAUUUUAAUCUUA